AUGUCAAAGGGCAAGCCAAGCCAAGCCAAAACACGCCAGUUACCAUGGCAACUGCGCAGGCUGGAAAGACCUUUGGACUGUGUAAGGAGGUGACCCUGGCCGUCCUUCCCAGACUGCACCAGGAGGAACUUCUACUUGAACUUGGCAGAAGGAACAUCCCUGUGAGAGAAACAUCCAAGAAGGAGAGUUUGGUCAGCAAGCUGUGGUUCAUCAUGGUUAAGGAGUAUCAUCAACAAGGUAUGGUCCAGACAGCGAUGCCAAACAACACUAGUACUAGUACUCCUUCCAUCACUACUGGAACAUCAUCCAGCUCAGCCACAGAACAGAGGACCAUGUGGGCAACCUUGUCAAACGACCUUCAAGAGCUGAUGGAGACUGUAACACCCACAAACACCGUUUCAGUAACACAGACAAAUGGUUCAUUUACUACAUCUUCAGCUACUAUUGGCAAUACAGAUGCCCCUCUCGCUACUUCAGCCAGAAGCACGGACCUUACACAGACACAACCAUUGACAUCGGUGACGAUAGCAAGUCCUCCGCAUCUCCCUGUGUCUAUUUUCACACAAGAAGUUGUGGUUGAGACAUCAGCAGAGGCGGGAUCGGCCAAGACCCCAGUCACCUCCCCAAGGAGAAGUGCAAGGCUGCACAUCAUGGAGACACAAGAAGCAGAAGAAUCUUCAAGUGCGAGCAACCUCGGUGAGAUGGUUGAGACUUACCAUCAGCCUUCAGAAGAAAACCCAGUGUCCAAGGAGGGUCAGGGGAAAGGGAGGAGAAAGCUUCGAGCUAUGGCAGUUACCAGGUCAGAUACCUGUGAUGUGGACUCCAACACUGUUGUGAUAGACCUAAGAGACAUAAGGGGGCUAGAGGGUGGUCCUGCUGCAGAAGAAGAUGAGGAGGAAGAUGAAGUAUCAUCAGAUGAAGAUGAUGUUGUUCCAUUGGAUGAUGAUGAUUCAGAUUGGCAACCAGAGUCACCAAUGGAGGACAGACAGCAAAACAGUAGCAGUAAGAGAUUGGAGUUCAGUGGUAAAGACAGUUCAAGUUAUGCAACGCCCUUUGAAGGGACUGCCACCUCACCAACAGACAACCAGACUCCACAUAUGCAGCAGAAAACACCACCCAGGGAAACAAAAGUGGAGACACAGAGAUGCAGACCCACACCUCUGGAGCUCCAGACUCAAAGGAGAGGGAUGUCAGUAGAGCGGCGACGGUUCUGUCGCGAGGUGAGAUCACUUAUAUCGAAGCACCAAGUGACUUCCUCCUCAGAAAAGGGUUUCCGGAGAGUCGUGAAGGAAGUCUUUGGCAGCUUCCCCCAUAUCAUAAAAGGGGACAUUGAAGUGGAAGUAAGGAGAGUGCUGAGGACUAAGCGAUACGAGGUUAAGAGACGACGCAAGGGAAGGGAAGCUCCACAGGGACCAGCCGAUUAAACUUUAAAGUGCUUA